CAAUAACUUCAUUUUUCUUGUAUUAUUAUACUCUGUCAUCUGUCAAGUAAUUUCUAAAACAUUUUAUGAAUAUUACCAACAUGGGAAGUUUUGAGAAGAACACUAGCUGGACAAGCAGAGAUACUGAGAUCCCAAAGUUUCCUAUUCAAAGGUUGGAACCGUCCAUACAGAAGUUUCUUAAAGUGAUUGAAAUGGACUUGGACAGGUUACAUAAACACAGGCUUAAUAUUGAAAAGUACAGCAGACUUCAGGAUUGGACUAACUUAAACAAAGAACAGAUAAACACAACCCGUACAGUUCAACAAAUCGUCAGCAAUAUCAAGGAAAUAGAAAAAACACGCAGACAGGUUCAGGACAGUGAUUUACACAAGUUUGACGAAAAAAUUAAAGAUAUGAAAAACACAGCUAUUAGAUCCAUCAAAGAAUUUGCUGAAAUAGAAUCUACAGAAGCAGAGACUCAGCCAGAAUCUCAACAACAUGAACAUGAUGAUGAAGAAGAUGCAAACCUCAGUCAUCCACUCAUGCCAGGUAAACACACAGAUGACCCUACCAGGAAAGCCUCCGUAGAACUUGGGAUUGAACAGUUACAAAUUAAUCCUAAAAUCAUUGAAGACACAGAAGCAAUGGAGUCAUGGGAAAAUUUGCAUCAAAAUUUAAUGGAGUUAAACACGAUGAUUCAUCAUUUUUCUACUGAAGUUCAUUCACAACAGGAAAAAGUUGACAACAUCCAGGAUAACUUAGAAACUGCUCAACAAAGUAUAAACGAUGGGACACGAUCACUUGGCGGGGCUUCAAAAUACAAGGCAGCUAUUUUCCCAAUAGCUGGUGCUGUGAUUGGUACUAUAAUGGCUGGCCCUGUAGGAUUAGUGGCUGGAGCUAAGAUAGGCGGGGUGGCAGGAGCUAUUGGAGGUGGAGCUCUAGGUUUUACCGGAGGAAGAAUCAUUAAAUCAAGACAAGAUAAAAUUACAAAUAUUGAAUUGAGCAAUUUAAGUGAGAAAUCAACGGACUGUAGUCAUGGUAGUAGUGAGGAUAAACAAUCUCCAGGGAAUAGCUGGUUGCCAUGGAACUGGUGAAUAGGAAAUGGCUGGUUCCCUCAGAACUGGUGAAAGGAAAUAGCUGGUUCCCAUAUGCAUGGAACUUGUGAAAGCAAUUUUAGUGCUUUAGAAUUUCAUAAGUUUUGCCAUAGGAAUUACAGAUAGGAUUAUAUUAUAUCAUAAAGGGUAAAAUUAACUUUAAACUGCAUAUCUCCUGCUUCCAUUGGUUCAAACUGAGGAUGACAUAGACUCAUUAUUUUUAAAUGCAAUAUAGAAGUUUUUGUCAUACAUUAUAGGUGUACUACAACCUACAAAUCAUUAGAAGUAUAGAUGUUUUGUAUUACAUUGUGCAGUACUAUUUUCAUUUUUUUUUCCAUAUAUGUAUCUUCAAAAUGCAGAUUAUUCCAAGGUUUUGUCCACACUGUUUUAGUUUUCUAUUUUCUUGCCAUUGAUUCUGAAUUUUUGUUACUGGUAUUCUCUAAAGAAAGGUUGUGAAUUUCACUAAAUAGUGUUCUGUUCAUGUGUGUAAUAAACCAUGACAUUUUCUUACAUAGGUUGUGCAUUUCAGAGACAUUUCUGUGAAAAUUUUCUGAGGUCCAAGGGUAUAUCUUACAGUUCAGGGAGGACCUU